AUGAACAGCCUCACCAAGAUGAUCCUGCUGCUCGCUCUGGUUUUCUCCGGCUCGAACCUGCCGGCCGCCGGCGCCGGCACCACCCCAGCAUGCUCGGCGGCUGACCGGGCGGCGCUGCUGGGCUUCAAAGCCAGCAUCUUGAAGGACACGACGGGCACCCUCUCCACAUGGACCGCCACCGACUGCUGCGGCUCCUGGGCAGGCGUGGGGUGCCACCCGACGACGGGGAGGGUCACCCGACUGGAGCUGCAGAGGCCCCUGGGAGGGCCCGCCGGCGCCGGACUGUUCAUGGAAGGCGUCCUGUCCCCAUCGCUGGGCAACCUCGAUUCACUGGAGGUGCUGGUGAUCAGCGGAAUGAAGCGGAUCAGGGGCGCCAUUCCCGACGGCUUCUCGAGGCUGAGGAACCUCACCCAGCUCUACCUCGAGGGGAACAGCCUGGAAGGGGCCAUCCCUAGCGGGCUCGGGGAGCUUCCCCUGCUCAAGGCGCUCUCCCUCAGCGGGAACCGCCUGCGGGGCCGGCUCCCUCCGAGCCUGGGGUCCCUCACCAGCCUGGUCCAGAUCAACUUCGGGUCCAAUCUCUUGACGGGUCCCGUCCCCCUCUCCUUCAGGAACCUCCGGGACCUGCAGUACUUGGACAUCAGCAACAAUUUCCUCUCAGGGGCCAUACCCGGGUUCCUGGGGCUGUUCCAGGGCAUACGGCUCCUCGACCUGUCCAACAACCAGUUCUCUGGAGAGAUACCCGCCUCGCUUUGCGGCCUGCGCAACGCCUUGGACGUCUCCCUGAGUCACAACCGGCUAACGGGGAGAAUCCCUCUGCAGAUUGGCAGCCUCAGGUCGCUCAACACCCUCAGCCUGAGCGGAAAUCUCCUCACUGGGCCCAUCCCAGACUCCAUCGCCGGGCUGCGCAAGCUGUGGUACCUGAACGUCUCCAGGAACGGGAUAACGGGCCCCCUGCCGGGGGCCAUCGCCACGGGCCUGCCGUCUCUGCUCUCCGUGGACCUGUCCUACAACAGGCUCGAUCUGGGAAGCAUCCCGGCGUGGGCGAGGGAUAGGCCGCUCAGAGAUGUUCAUCUUGCGGGCUGCAACAUCGGAGGGAACCUGCCAUCCUUCAACAACGGAGACUCUCUGAGCUCCCUGGACCUCUCCGACAAUUACCUCGUGGGGGAGAUCGGGCAUAUCCUCAAAAACACGUCGGCCUUGCAGGAGCUGAAGCUCUCGGGCAAUAUGCUGAGGUCGGACGUUUCAGAGCUGACGUUGCCGGAGACCUUGUCCACUCUUGACCUCCACUCGAAUCGGCUCUACGGGUCCCUGCUGCGCUUCCUACCGAGAAUUGGAGGCUUCAUGGAGAUUCUGAACCUCGCAAAUAACAGAAUCAGUGGCGGUCUGCCAGAGUUCGGCGAAGACCUGAGCUUGAGGUGGCUUGAUUUGUCGAGAAACGCCAUAACGGGCGUGAUCCCUACAUCUGUGUCGAAGUUGAGGAACCUCGAGAGGCUAGACUUUUCGAGGAAUCAGAUCAAAGGAACCAUACCUUCGAGCAUGGGGGAGAUGACCAACCUUCGAUGGCUAGACGUGUCGAGCAACAGCCUCGAGGGGAGAAUUCCAGAGACCUUCCUGCGGAUCAGAGGGAUGCAACACGCCAACUUCCGCUCAAACAGACUCUGCGGCCAAAUACCUCAAGGUCGCCCGUUUAACAUCUUCCCAGCUUCGGCAUAUGUCCACAAUCUGUGCCUCUGUGGCAAGCCGCUGGCGCCGUGCAAGCACAUCGCUUGA